GCGAGGAAAGAGCCAGCCACGAACCGCGGAAAGUGCAAGGCUCUCUCUUAUCUCCGUCUUUCUUUCCGACUGAGUGCCGUCUGUUCUCUGUUCUGCCUGCCUAAGUAGCCAAGGUAGUCGGCGAGCUUUCAGUUUAGGUAGAGACGGAUUGCAGUGCCCGCUGUUGCCUUCGAUCCCACAGCUUCCACUUCUUUCUUGUUUCAUCUUAGCUUUUUUCUCCAAGGGUUCCUCUCGCUCUUGAUUACUGAGCAAGUCGCCGCACUACCCUAGGUUAGGUGGGAGACGACCCACGACUGACGGCACCACAACCACAACUUUACUACUGCCUACCUACCUACAACUCCAGACAAACAAAGUCAAGACGAGUAUCAUACUAUAUACUUCGGCGACGAUUCUGUUGUGAUCCCGCUGUGGGCAACCCGAAAGGUCUUUCAGCGUGUGACACCGACGAGAACCGACUCCCGACUUACACGUCUCGUCGCAUAACUUUUCAACUUUGCUUUUUUCCCGAGCGCAAAGAGCCUGCAAAACCCACGACCUUACCCCGUGCUAUGACGCGUUUGGACAUUGCUACGAGGGUAUAGUUGCGCCAAUGGGGCUCGAAUAUAUAGACAGCGACGGCUUCGGCUCGCAGAGGGUCCUUUUUUACGAGAGCGGCUCGUUUACUGGUUAUCGCCCUUCCGUUUUCGACCUGGGUAGCGGUUAUCUUGCGGCGUCAAAGGACUUCAAGCAGCCGCUAUGCGGUAACGAGGAGGGAUGGGGACCGAUGAGUCCCUUUCGAUAUGAUUUCACGCCGUGUUUUAUCGACGUGUGGGUGGCCUCGGUUGCUGCCUUUGGUCUUGUUGCAGGAUCCGCCGCGGUAUGGUGGUUGGUGAAGAGGAAGACGCCAACGCCAGUGGCCAAGGACUGGCAUUUCUGGCUGAAGCAGGUACUCCUAGGUUUCAUCAUAGCCGACGUUACCGUCCAACUGGCUAUACAGAUCGUCAGCUACCCCAAUAUCUGGUAUGGCGAUUUCAGAGUCUGGACCACAGCCGGAACCAUUCUCUCGCUCUUCGUCAUCUUUGCCAUCCAGUGGCUCGAACACGCGCGCCUCCGCAAUGCAAACGGCGUCGUUCUCUUCUACUGGCUGUUGCUCCUCAUCGCCCUUGCAGUCAAGCUCAGGUCCCUCAUUUCUCAGCAAAUCUAUGCCAAGAACGAGGCCUACUUCAUCACCUACUGCAUCGGCUUCGGUCUCUCUGUGGUCGAGUUCUUGGUCGAGUGGUUGUGGCCCAAGAAGGAUACUGCCUAUGAGGCUCUGAUCGACGAACCGGAAUGCCCGGUGGAUUAUGCGACCGUUUUCUCCAGACUGACUUUCUCGUGGAUGACUCCUAUGAUGAAGCACGGCUAUGCCCAGUAUCUGACCGAGGAGGAUCUCUGGGGACUGGCAAAGAGCGAUACUACCAAGACUACCGGUGGAGCGUUUGCCAAGGCAUGGGAACACGAGUUGAACAAGAAGAAGAAGCCCUCCCUGUGGCUCGCCCUUUUCCGUGCCUACGGCGGUCCUUACAUCCUUGCUGCCUUCUUCAAGAUUGGAAACGAUCUAUCGGCUUUCGCGCAGCCCCAGCUCCUCAGGUACCUGAUCAGCUUUAUUGACUCUUACCGUGAGGGACAGGAGCCGCAACCCGUGAUCAAGGGUGCUGCCAUCUCUCUCGCCAUGUUUGCGGUUGCCACUUUCCAGACCACCAUGAUCCACCAGUACUUCCAGCUCGCUUUUGAGACCGGCAUGAGGAUCAAGGGUGGAUUGACUUCAUCCAUCUACAGGAAGGCCCUUAAGCUGUCCAACGAAGGCCGUGCCAGCAAGACAACCGGAGAUAUUGUCAACUACAUGGCUGUCGAUGCUCAGCGUCUUCAGGACUUGACCCAAUUCGCCCAGCAGGCGUGGUCUGCUCCGUUCCAGAUCACUCUUUGCAUGCUUUCUCUUUACCAACUUGUUGGAUGGUCCAUGCUUGCGGGUAUCGGAGUUAUGAUCGUCAUGAUUCCCAUCAACGGCAUGAUCGCAAAGUUCAUGAAGAACCUGCAAAAGCAGCAGAUGAAGAACAAGGACGCCAGGAGCCGUCUCAUUGCCGAGAUCGUCAACAACAUGAAGAGCAUCAAGUUGUAUGCAUGGGGCACCGCCUUUAUGAACAAGCUGAACUAUAUCCGUAACGACCAGGAGCUUAAGAACCUACGCAAAAUCGGUGCUGGCCAGGCUUUCGCCAACUUUACCUGGUCUACUACACCAUUCCUUGUCUCAUGCUCGACCUUUGCCGUGUUUGUCUGGACCCAGGACAGGCCUUUGACGACUGAUAUCGUCUUCCCUUGUCUUGCCUUGUUCAACUUGCUCACUUUCCCUCUUGCUGUUCUUCCCAUGGUCAUCACCUCUAUCAUUGAGGCCAGUGUCGCUGUCGGUCGUCUUACCUCCUACCUCACCGCUGAGGAGAUUCAGCCUGACGCUAUCAUCGUCAAGCCCCCCGCUCAGGAGCUUGGAGAAGAGACGGUAGUUAUCCGUGACGGUACUUUCUCCUGGAACCGUCACGAGAACAAGCCCGUUCUUACCGACAUCAACUUCCGCGCACACAAGGGCGAGUUGUCCUGCAUCGUGGGCCGUGUUGGUGCAGGCAAGAGUUCGUUCCUGCAAAGUAUUCUGGGCGAUCUAUGGAAGAUUAAGGGCGAGGUCGAGGUUCAUGGAAAUGUCGCCUAUGUCGCUCAGAACCCUUGGAUUAUGAAUGCCACUGUGCGAGAGAACAUUGUUUUCGGUUACAGGUUCGAUGCGGAGUUUUACGACAAGACGGUCAAGGCGUGCGCUCUCGUUGACGACUUUGCUCAGCUUCCUGAUGGAGACGAGACGGUUGUUGGAGAACGUGGUAUUUCUCUUAGCGGUGGUCAGAAGGCUCGUGUGGCUUUGGCUAGAGCUGUCUAUGCUAGGGCGGACAUCUACUUGCUGGACGAUUGUCUUUCGGCUGUUGACUCCCACGUUGGACGCCACAUCAUCAAUCAUGUUCUCGGUCCUAAGGGUCUCCUUGCCUCCAAGACCAGAAUUCUGGCCACCAACUCCAUCCCUGUCCUUGUACAGUCCGAUUACAUCUGCUUGCUUAGCGACGGCGAGAUUGUCGAGAAGGGCACUUAUCGCCAGCUCAUGGCCAUGAAGGGCCUCGUUUCCGAACUGAUCAAGUCUGCCGGUCAGAACGAUUCUGGUUCCAGCUCACCGAGUGGCUCUUCCCCUAAUGGUAGCGACAGCGAGACCUCUACGGUGAUCGAGGCAGAGGCUGGCCAGGAAAAGGAUGAAAUGGAGGAAGCACAAGAAGGACUCACCACACUUCAGGCCAUCAAGCCUGGUCCCGGAAGUUCGUCGGCUGCUGGCAAGAGGAGAACUGGAAGCAUGGGUACUCUGCGUCGUGCCAGCACUGCAAGCUUCAGGGGUCCCAGAGGCAAGCUCGGUGACGAGGAAGCUCCGAACAGCAAGACGAGACAGGCUAAGGAACACUCUGAGCAAGGCAAGGUCAAGUGGUCAGUCUACGGCGAGUAUGCCAAGACAAGCAACCUUGGCGCCGUUGCGUUCUACCUACUUACUCUCCUUGCUGCCCAAGUCGCCCAGAUUGCUGGUGGCAUUUGGUUGAAGAGCUGGUCCGACAAGAACACUCAAGCCGGAGGCAACCCUCAAGUGGGCAAGUAUCUUGGUAUCUACUUCGUGUUCGGCGUCGGCGCGGCAGGUCUUACUGUUUUGCAAACUCUGGUUCUCUGGAUCUUCUGCUCCAUCGAGGCAUCUCGGAAGCUGCAUGAGAGAAUGGCAACAGCAAUCUUCAGGGCACCGAUGUCCUUUUUCGAUGUCACACCAGCCGGCCGAAUUCUGAACCGAUUCUCCAGUGACAUUUACCGUGUGGAUGAAGUACUCGCUCGGACGUUCAACAUGCUGUUUAACAAUCUCGCCAAAUCUGGGUUCACGCUUGUCCUCAUCGCCGUUGCCACGCCGCUUUUUGCUGGUCUGAUCAUACCUCUGGGAGCCAUGUACAUCUUCAUUCAGAGAUACUACUUGCGCACAUCCCGAGAGCUCAAGAGACUGGACAGUGUGAGCCGUAGUCCGAUCUAUGCCCACUUCCAGGAAUCUUUGGGCGGCAUCACGACAAUCCGUGCAUACAGACAACAGGACAGAUUUGAGCUCGAGAACGAGUGGCGAGUGGAUGCGAACCUGCGCGCAUACUUCCCCUCCGUCAGCGCCAACAGGUGGCUGGCCGUGAGACUGGAGUUCAUCGGUGGUAUCGUCAUUCUCGCUGCCGCUGGUUUAUCUGUCAUUGCCGUUAGCAACGGUGCCCCGCUCAGCGCAGGAUGGGUGGGCCUUGCCAUGUCCUACGCCUUCACGAUCACCACCUCGCUCAACUGGAUUGUCCGCCAGACUGUCGAGGUGGAGACCAACAUUGUCUCGGUCGAGCGUGUUCUCGAGUACGCUCGUAUUCCUAGCGAAGCCCCGGAGAUCAUUCACCGCAACAGGCCGCCUGCAAGCUGGCCCGCUCGCGGCGAGGUUGAGUUCAACAACUACAGCGCACGCUAUCGCGAGGGCCUUGACCUGGUUCUCAAGAACAUCAAGCUCGACAUCAAGUCGCACGAGAAGAUUGGCGUUGUCGGACGGACUGGUGCUGGCAAGUCUUCGCUAACUUUGGCCUUGUUCCGUAUCAUCGAGGCCGACUCGGGCAACAUUACCAUUGACGGAAUCAACACCUCGAGCAUUGGUUUGCUGGAUCUGCGCCGUCGCCUGGCCAUCAUUCCACAAGAUGCGGCUCUGUUUGAAGGCACGAUUCGGGACAACCUCGACCCCGGUCAUGUCCAUGAUGACACAGAACUCUGGAGCGUCCUGGAACAUGCUCGGCUAAAGGAUCACGUCGCUUCUAUGGAAGGUGGACUCGAGGCCAAGAUUAACGAAGGAGGAUCCAACCUCUCCCAAGGUCAACGUCAGCUGGUCUCCCUGGCCCGAGCCCUGCUCACCCCAUCCAACAUCUUGGUUCUCGACGAGGCCACGGCGGCCGUGGACGUGCAGACGGACGCGCUGCUCCAGCAGACGCUGCGCAGCCACCUGUUCGCCAACCGUACCAUCAUCACAGUCGCGCACCGUAUCAACACCAUCCUUGACAGCGACCGUGUCGUCGUGCUCGACAAGGGUGAGGUAGCCGAGUUCGACACGCCGAAGGAGCUGAUCAAGAAGCGUGGCAUCUUCCAUGGACUCGUCAAGGAAGCUGGUCUGCUCAACGAGGUGUUGGAGUGAGAAGCUUCAUCACGGCAGUCAUCACAUUAUGACUCUUUGUCGCUGACAUUAAUGCCAACUUCUUCGUCAACGUCGUUGCGAGCCGAAGGUGAUUGGUCGUUCUUUCCACCUCCCAAAGCAUAGCAGCGUCAAGUCGGGAGGUGGAGUAAGAGCGACAGUAGCACGUCGCAAUGCGACGAAUGAAGCAAGUCACCAUACAAAAAUUCUUGUGAUGUUCAUGGUGUAGUGUUGGAUAGAUAAAACAAGUGUUGGUCAAAGCAAGCAUGGAAUAGCGUGAUGGGUAGCAAUUGGAACUGAUGGUUACGAAAGCAAGGACGGAUAUGACAGGAUGAAUGGAAGGAUGGGCCAAAAGCGAAUUUGUAUAUGUAGUAAAAAGUGUAUUGCAUGAAAUCAUGAUGACAUGGUAGCAGCGAAAUAUGAAGCUGCCGAUGUAUGAUCCUUGAGUAUCAAUCAGUAUGGUUUUUCGAUGGCGGACGUUAUUCCAGCUUACAGCGCAUCAACCCGAUUAAUCAAGUAGGAACAGCACC